CUGCAGGUCCCUCCCCACAGCAGUGCACCUUCAGCCCACUGCGUGUCUCACCUGCGCUGUGCGGGCAGCGCCGCUCAACCAGAGCCACCUCCCUCUUCUUCCUCCUCAUCUCUCUCGCCCCUCCUUCAGCCUCCUCACAGCUGUGGUCACUUGACCGGGGUAAAGUGAGGCCGGGCGGAUUUUGCCCCAGGGCGGGCAGCGUGCGGCGUUCCGCCUGCAGCGGCAUCUGUGGGGCUCCGUGAAGCGAGGGGAUGGAAACGGAAUCCUUCAGCGGAAACAUCAGGUCCUAGAGCAGGCACUAAUGGAUGGCCCUUUGCAAACCUCCAUUCAGGUGUGCCAUGAAAAUGGUCAAUGGAUGUCACAAUUACCAGAGAAGCUCUGGGAUAUUCCUCUCUAUAACUUAGCUCUUCCAGGGAGUCACGACACUAUGACCUACUGCUUGGACAGGAGCUCUGCUGUUAGUAGCAAUGAAUCCAAGAUGGUGAAGUUUUUAAGCAAAUGCAUGCCCUGCAUUGUGCACCCCAUAAUUAUGAAGUGGUCUACAACACAGGUACUGACUGUGACAGAGCAGCUUGAGGCUGGAGUUAGAUAUCUGGAUUUCAGGAUUGCCCACAAGGCUCACGAUCGAUCUAUGAAUUUGUACUUUGUGCAUAUGGUUUACACAACUGUUACUGUACAGGAUAUUCUGUGGGAAGUGUUAAGGUGGUUGGAAACUCAUCCUCGGGAAGUUGUUAUCUUAGCCUGCAGGAAUUUUGAUGGAUUAACCAAGAAACUUCAUUGUCAUCUUGUUUCCCAAAUAAAAGAGGUUUUCCGGAGUAAACUGUGUUCCAGAAACGUGGUGCCAACACUGAGGGCCAUGUGGCAGCAUGGCCACCAGGUUAUAGUCUCAUACGAGGAGGAUGUGGAAGUGGUGCAGCACCGUGAGCUGUGGCCCGCGAUCCCGUACUGGUGGGGAAACAAAACCACCACUCGUGGUCUUAUCCGGUAUUUGGAGCGCAAGAAGAGGAUGGGACGUCCAGAAAAAUUCUUUGUAGCAGGGAUUAAUCUUACUGAAAAUUUAAGGUACAUUCUUGUACACCCAUUUGGAUCGUUGAAGAAAAUGACACUCCAGAGUCUUCCAUGCUUGAAAAUCUGGGUAAGGAAGCAGUGUCCAGGACGAAAGAAAGACUGUAUUAACAUCAUUGCUGGAGACUUCAUAGGAAACAAUGAUUUUGUCAAAGAUGUGAUAGAACUUAACACAAAAAUCAAUCCUCCCUUACACUGUCAAAAUAAAGGGGCUGGAACAAGCAGCACAUCAUUCUCAGCUUCUUAAUCUGUGGAAACCUGAAAAGGCUUUGUCUACAUUUAAUGUGUCCUGGUUUGAACAUCCUGGAUCCCAUAGAGGUCCAGUUAAAUUAAACCAGGGGUGUUUUACAGACUUGGUAAGAAAUGUGCUUUUGACAUUGUGAGGGGUUCAAGGCCUUCUCCCAGAAAAGAGAGCAGACUUUGCUGAAGUCUUGCAUAGUUCUCUGCUGCUGAGAACUAUGGUAUAGGUAUUAUAGGUAUUAUUUGCUUGG